AUGAGCAGACCUACCGUCGGGUCCCUUCUGGCUGCCAUCGCAACUCUGAUCAGUGAUGGCCUACGUAUCUUGAAAUUCGCCGAUAAGCACCACUGGGGACCUGACGAGCACGAACAGAUGCGCCUGCUGGAAGACACCCUCGACGACGCCAAGAAGGAUUUCCAGGAGCUGUCCGUACUCGUCAAUGGACAACGAUACUACAUGAAUGAUCGCAAGCCCCAUUCGAUCACCGAAUUGCAAGCCCUACAGGCAAAAUUCGAGCUUCACAUCCAGAACUUUAAGGACUGGGCGAAAAUAGGCGGGCCGAUCAACCCGGUAUGGGCGCGCGAGACGACUGAAUUGCGCCGUGAGCUGCACCGCGCGCAAUGUCGGGCAGCAAGGAGGAUAUUUACAGCUGAACAAGAGGCGUCGUCAAGAUGUCUCGGCGCCUUUCUGGUCUACAGGAAACAGCGUGAGUGGGCAAGCCGCUCUAUCGUAACCGAAGAGGAGUACCACCGGCGACAUGUGGAGGAGAUUGUGGCAUGCAACAACAUCGGCAAGUUUGAGCGUUUUGGAGACAGGGACAUUGCCUUUGUCUGCGAUUUCUGUGACGGCCACCUCGUCUGGGAGGACAUGGAGAGCAUGCCAUCGGUGCGCGCGGCCCAGAAUGUAGCCGCCAACACUGUGUCAACGUCACCCAACACACAGCUGCCGCAAUGGCAGGCGACCGCGUUCAGCGCUUCAAACCGAGAAGAGAAGACGGUCGUGUAUGCGCCACUGGCGAUAGCAAACCACAUUGCACCGUAUCAGGGGGACUGGGUUGCGCGCCUGGAAUGCCCCUUUUGCGACGAGGCGCCGUACAUCGAACCGGGCGAGGACGGCGACGACGAGAUGCGGAACACCCAGGACGAGUCCGGGUUCGAAGACCUUGAUGCCUUUCAAGAGCACCUGGAGUGGCAGCACACGGCAACGUCAAUACCCGCCGUGUCCUUACCCAAGGUAGCAAAGGAGUGCGUGGUGAUGUGA